GAUUGUUGUCGGACAAAAUGACGUUUUGCAAGUCUCAAUAAAAACGAAUAAUUUUCAAGUGCACCUCUGUGUUAAAACUAAGCAGUGAAUUUAAAUGGCAACGCAAUAAAUCUAUAAAUAAAAUAUUUACGUAAAACGAUGUGUGACGUGUUCAUGCUCAAAUUGUUAACCGUAGCAAUAAACUGUACUCGUAUGUAAAAUUGUAAAACAUGGAUGAGCGGAAAGUCGCCGACUACUUUGUUAUCGCUGGUUUACCGGAGAAACCGGAAUUACUUGAUGAUUGCGACUCUGGACAUCUCAAGGGAUACAGUACAAAAGCACCAAUUACUGACAUUGGUAUAAUAUUCCCUGGCCUUGAAGAGACUGUCCCAAAUGGCUUCGAAGUGCUAGAAACGACACCAACAGGUUUGCCAGCAGACUUAAACCAUGGGUCCAUGCGGUCACCAGAAUGUUACCUCUGCGUACGAAGGGGCAGGGAUCGACCGCCUCUUGUCGAUAUCGGAGUCAUGUACGACGGUAAAGAGCGACUUAUGGCUGACGCAGAAAUGGUCCUCGUCUCAGCUGGUGGUCGAUUGGCCAAUGUCAACAACUCCACAGCUAAAACCUUCAUAACGUACAGGCGAGCGCAUCCAGGAGCACCAUGUAAUGCUCUUGUGGUCGUCGAUGUGUGUGUGAUAGUCGCCAGCAAGGGGGAAUGUCCGCCACACGCAUUUUGUAUGAUCCCUAAGAAUUUGAAUAAAGGUUUAAUGGGCAGUGAUGUGUUUCUCUGCUACAAGAAGUCAAUGAACCGUCCACCACUAAUUGCCUACAAACCCGAUGUGCUCUUCAGGUAUCCAACGGUAGAGCGACGUAACUUAGUAUUUCCUACUUCAGUGCCACUUUUCUGUCUGCCAAUGGGAGCGACCCUAGAACUAUGGCCUAACAAUGCGGCGAUGCCUAAACCAGUAUUCUCUACUUUUGUACUCACUGUUGCGGACGCUACUUAUAAGGUUUACGGAUCUGCCGUGACGUUCUACGAGAAGUACCCAUACACACAGCUAACUGAAGAACAAAUGGAACUGUUAGGAUGGCGGGAAGGAGUCUCACAUAGCACGCACUCUGUGUAUGCUAUCAAGUGCAUAUGCUUACUGUCUCGGUGGCCCUUCAGCGAUACUUUCGAAAGAUGGCUGCUUUACAUACUGGAAAUGUCAUGGAGUAAAGAACCUUUAAACAUACCUAUAGAGAGGUAUAUAACACAUUUGCUAGAAGAAGUGCCCUUCCCCGAACCAAGAAUAUUGUUACAAUUGUCUCCAACGAAUCAGCACGACCGAGUUAUAGUGACACGUCGCGACGACCAGCCACUCGUGCGCAGCGGGGCCAGUUUCAGACAGUUACUGCUUAACUUAGGUCCAGACAACUGUUUACUUGUCCUAGCUCUAGCUAUCACCGAACAAAAAGUACUUAUACAUUCGCUCAGGCCCGAUACUUUAACAGCAGUCUCAGAAGCCGUCUCAAGUCUUUUAUUUCCGUUCAAAUGGCAAUGUCCAUACAUCCCAUUAUGUCCAUUAGGUUUAGCAGAAGUAUUACACGCUCCUUUGCCGUACCUUAUCGGAGUGGACUCGAGAUUUUUUGAUCUGUUCGAACCCCCACCAGAUGUCACGUGUGUUGAUUUAGACACUAACAAUAUUACAAUAUGCGAAUCACAAAGGCAUAUAUCUCUGAAACUUCUACCCAAGCGACAAGCGAGAGCUCUUAGACAAACAUUAGACUUACUUUACGGAAAUAUUAGACCAGCAUCACCAGUCCACCAUUCUACUGAAGGUAAAUAUAAUGGGGAGCCAACAACAAGCUUAGACAGGGAUUUCCAAAAGAGGAAAAAAGAGCAAGCGUUAGAGUUGAAAAUCCAGGAAGCUUUUCUUCGAUUCAUGGCGGUGACUCUGCAAGGGUACCGCAACUAUCUCAUUCCUAUAACGAAAGCGCCUACAGUCGGUACUACCGACCCACAUGCUCUGUUUCAUAUGGACGCCUUCCUACGGUCGAGGGACAAGACCCACCAACGUUUCUACAGCCUAAUGAUGCGAACGCAAAUGUUCACUCGUUUCAUAGAGGAACGUUCGUUCGUGUACGAGCCUGACCAGGGGCUCACAUUCUUCGACGAGUGUAUAGAAAGGGUCGCCGCAGGAGACGAGCAGUUGUUAGGGAUGGAUACUAGUAAUGCGUCUGAGAGAACCGCUUUUGUUCUACCGCCUGACCCUCCUGAUCCCGAGGCACGCUAUUCGUACUCUCGGUUUGAGCUGGACCCGGCCGUGAUGUCAGGCUGCAGUGGGCGAGCUAGGGGCGCAGCCCUGGGUGCUCUGCCCCCCGCCGCACUGCACUCGGCGGAGUCGCUCACAGACGCUGAGCCUAUGGCAAGACGUACUAAGCAUGAGAUAGCAGCUGCACAGAGAUUGGCCCGUAAAGCGAGUUUAUCAGCGGAGGCUUGGGCGAAAUGUUUGCUUGGCGCAUGCUACUCUCUAUACUUCCUUUCGCUGCCAUGUCGAAUGAUGCUGAAUAGGGGACGGGAACAUUCCACUUUGAGAGCUGCGUUCGAAUUGUUAGAACGAGCUACCAAAUUAAAAGUUCCCUGUGAUGAGGUAUGUUACCGCGUGAUGAUGCAGCUAUGCGGCGUGCAGUCGCUGCCGGUGCUGGCGGUGCAGCUGCUGUUCCUGAUGAAGCGCGCCGGCCUGCAGCCCAACGCGCUCACCUACGGGUACUACAACCGAUGCGUGCUCGAGGCCACCUGGCCACAGGACAUGCCCAGUGGCGCUCAGUUAUUAUGGAACAAGCUUCGUAUCGCUGUUGUCGGCGCAGCGUUGUUUAGAAAAGCUGGUGCCCAGAGAGCAAGUCGGAACACCCUCAACUCUACGUCGGCUGGCAGUAGCAGUACCUUGCCCCGCGUAAGGUCUGCGGCGGCAGUGGGUGAGGGCGGAGAGUUGGCGGGACUAGCCAACAUGGCUGCCUGUGAACCUGCUCACAGCCGGACCAGCUUGGACUCCGCAUGUGACCGCGAGGCGGAGGCCCGUUCCUCAGCAUUCGAGGCGUUAGUGCGGCGCGGGAACAUUGUACGCGCCGCCACCUCACGUACUCAUGCACACGCAAUGUCCGCCGCCGCGGGGAUACUCAUCUCUGGUGUUCCAUCGAACCCGGAUUUGAGUGAAGCAUCGAGACCAAGGAGUAAUUCAUUAAAUAACGAAGAGUCAUCUACACCCAUCCCCAUACCAGAGAAACGACAGACAAUACAUGUAAGUCCGGACAGUCCGUCCGACUUAAGAAUCCUCACGCGGUCAGAAAGCUUCGCGGGAGACGCACAGAUCGUGCAACAAAUACAGAGGCUAGCGUUCCCUAAUGUAACAACACCCAAUACAAAGUCUCGGUGUUCCCGGACGCUCAGUUUUCCCGAAGAGCCAGAGAAGGAAGCCGCAGCCACUGACCUGCCGGAUGCCAAGACUUCACCACUGAAAGUAUCAGCCCGCACUCCAGUCCUUAGCGACGACCCCCUAGGCGCGCUGAGUCAGCCGGAGGUCCCUGCAGAGCCCCCCGCGGUGGCUCCCUGUGAGGAGGAGCCCGCGCUACCGAAGCACGAGCUGAGCGUCAGCCCCAAGUUGUUCCAUCGCCGCAGUAACUCCUUCCAAGACGAUCCUGCGCCAGACCAUACAGGGAAACUGCAUAGAAGUGAGACGGCGCCCGCUGGUACGGUCUCUUCAAGUCUCGUCAGCCUAGGAAACACGCUCAAGAUCAGCUUCGGACGCUAUUCGCCCGCCCGACUGUCGUUGCGCAAGGAAAACAUGAAACUUGGGAAGGCUAUGAUCGAGAAUUACUUCAGCCCAACGAGUAUAGCUGGAAAAAGGUCAAAUGAGUUAUUACAAAGUGGGCUAAGUAGUCUCAAGUCUGCUGCAACGAGUGUGGCGAAAAAGUUCGAUGAAAUGAAAGAGGUCAUAUCUGCCAAUUCUACUCCCGUGAAGGGCGCUUUCGGUAAUGCGACCAGCGCUCUUAACAGUCUGAUCGGAGAGGAAGAUUCUACUGAUGGAUCGUCCGAAAUUAAUCCUGAUGAAUGGGUUGCCGGCGUAGGGUUCAGACGGGCGUCGAGCGAUGCGGAGUUAGCCUGCUCUAUGGAGCGCGGCUCCCUCGCUACGCUAAUCUCGCACCUUCCCGACAACCUGUAUCCAGCAUUGAGUGAGCACACGACGUCAGAGAAUUCUUCAAUAGUGGUGCAUCUAUCGUCGUGCUCACAAUGCCACCAGUGCCUGGCGUUCCUAUACGAUGAGGAUAUCAUGGCGGGAUGGGCGGCAGACGACUCCAACCUUAAUACUAGGUGCAUCGCGUGCGGCAGGCAUACGGUGCCCUUAUUGUCCGUACAGAUAUUCCGUUCCGGCCAAACACAACCAGAAACGUUAAGUGUGCCUUAUUUAAAUCCUCUGGUGUUGAGGAAAGAAUUCGAGUCCAUUCUUGGUAGAGAAGGAGACUCAUGUUUAGCAGAUUCCGGUUUCGUGGAAUCGCAUCCAAUAGUGUAUUGGAACUUAGUGUGGUUCUUAGAACGAGCCAAUAUUGAGAACCAUCUCCCUGAUCUCUUGUGCCCGGACUUCCAGACGAAGUACCAGAGCACUGAUAUGCUCCAUGAUUCGGAGAAAAACGGUGGUUGUCGCGUGAUAUGCUUGUGGGAAGGGAAUACAGAGGGCGACACUGGCGGGGGCGUGGCCUUGCACCGCGCAUGGCGGGAGCGACGCAGGCAACACGCUCGUUCGAGGGCAUUGCAGGCGUUACUGCUUACUAGAGACCAGGAACAUGCGGGACAUACUGUGGCUCUGGCGGUUCUCAAUGGUUUGCUGAGCAACGACCUUACAGAUUCUCUAAGUAAACUAGCCGCUUGGCGGGAGAACACAUCCACCAAUAAACGAUACCAUUCCUUCUAUAGAGACAUCCUGUUCCUCGCGAUGGCAGCCCUCGGUGAGCACAACAUCGACCUCAUAGCGUUACAACGCGAAUACACACGAGCGCUCGAUCAGCUCGGAGGAGUAGCAAGACCCCAAGACCUCCCCCCUUCCCCCACCGCCGUCUGUUGCCGACACUACUUCAAACGACUACGAUUGAUCGUAGACGAAUAAACAAGUAUAUAAAGUACCUAAUACCGAGAUAAAAUACAUCGCUUAAGUUGCGCAAAAACUUAACUAACUCUGCCUCA